AUGAGCGCGCCCAAACCUUCUGUGCUCAUUCGUCCAGCUUUCGAUUCAGCACUGCGCCGAACGGCCGACCUGAUCACGCAUGCUGGCACAUCGCGAAUGAGCGAGAAAAUAUCGAAGUGUAUCAUCGAAGCACGAUGCACCGAUAACGUGCUCUUCGCUGGCGCUGCCGUCGUUGGCGCCAUCGUGCUCGUUCUCCAGUCGUUCCCAUUAUUCAUGAAUAACUGGGUGUUUCUCACCGAACCGCGCCCCAUAAACAAGACAAAUGAAAACGGUGAGCAGAUGGCUAAUGGUCAAGCCUGA